GGGUGCGUGACCGAUUUCAAAAGACGAAACUUUCUUGCAUUACAUCAACGCAUGAGGAAGUGGUUGGGAAGUACAUUGAUGCUGGUUUUAUCAGUUUGUCAUUUUUUGCUGACGAUUUGUUCUUUGAUUCAUGACUUUCGUACCCCGCCCCUGUUUCUCAAUUUGUCUAGUUUCUGUUUGAAAUAAUGAAAUGAAAUAAUUUUCGGCCGAGCCUGUGUCUUCUUAAUUUCCCACUUUAAACGUGGUUAUUGGCAGAAACCAGGGAUUGACGUUUUCAACAGGCAUUUCAAGGCAAAAUGAAGUGUGUACAAGGAUGCUAGGGUUUUCGUCCUCAUGGGAAACCUGUCCUUCUGAAUGUGGACAGCACAUGGGAAUUCUGGAAGUAUCUGGCCUUUGUUUAUGAAGAUACGUUCUAAAUUUCAAUUAGGAUUUUUAUCACAAGAAGGAGUCAAACAUUUAAGUGUCCUGACUUUGCAUGGUUAGGGUGCUGUGGCUCUUCUUGUGUACAGUCUUGUCCAUUUGUUCACCCUGCUGCGAGGUCUGUCUCUCUGUUGUGCGGGAGGACGUGGUGGGUCAGAGAUGUCUGCCAAGGCUCCCAUAUACCUUAAAAGACGAAGCCGUAAAGGAAAGAAGGAAAAGCUGCGUGACCUUCUUUCCUCUGACAUGAUCAGCCCCCCACUGGGAGACUUUCGACACACCAUCCACAUUGGCAGCGGAGGAGGGGCUGACGAUCUUUUUGGUGACUUGUCUUUCUUACAAGGUAAAUUUCACCUGUUACCGGGGCAACAAGGUCACCAGGGGACACUCCAAUUAAGUCGCACAGCAAGUGUAAGUAGUCACCCACCAACCAAUGAAAGCUCACCCCUGUUGAAAAAUGCCCUAUCACUUCCUAUCAUUGGAGGAGUGCAAGCACUCACCCUUCCUGUACAAAUUCCUGUGACUUCUGCAGCGAUGCCAACUGCUGAAGUGCAGACAGCCCAAUCUCAUCGUACGGAUGCCCGGACAACGACCCAGUCUCCCCCAACAUCUCCGUCUCUCGCGCCACCUCCCAAACCUCCCAGACUGCACCUGGAGGAGAGGAACUUGGGUGUGUCAAGGCAUGCAUCACUUCCUGCUUCUUCAAACCGCUCUCCUUAUAAUUUGCACAGGUAUGAGCCACGGCCAGAUACUGAGGAAGAUGAGAAGUGUGUUAGGGAUGGAGACGGGGAGGAAAGGCCAUAUCUCUCCAAUGCUGGUUCUCUCCUUUCCCUCCAUCUGGACCUGGGGCCAUCCAUCCUAGAGGAUGUGCUUCAGAUAAUGGACAACCAGAGAAAAGGGACACUUAAUGGGGGACUUACACCCAGUGGACGACAAGAGAUAUAUAUCUGAGAGUGACAGAAAGAGAGGGAGGACUGGUUCUGAUUUUUAUUUUUAUUUUUUUAUAUCUUUUUGAAAAAGGAGUUACAGUAAGAGUGAAAGCUUGAUGGUAUAUAACUGGGUUAAUCAAAUUUUUCUUCUUGUUUCAAACAUUUUGCCCUCUGAGAGAACUCUUGUUACCUGCUGUACAGUGGCAUUUUCAGGAUAUUUUGACAUUUUUUCAGCUCAUUAUCAAGUUAAAGGACUUGAUCCAACGACAAAUGAAUCCACUUUAUCAUUUCUUGGAUUUUUCUGUGUUCGAAAGGAACAUUUUAAUUAAUCGCUUUGUCAUUUUGGAGCUACAAGGAGUAGGCCAAUUCUGGCGUUAUAGCUACUUUUAGAUACAUUUUUAAACAAUAUUCUAUUUUACCAUGAUCAUCUGAUGUUUGGACGUACUACUACAGUAUAACAACCUACAGGCUUCCUAGUCAACAAAUUCACUACAGGAAAAGAAAAAAGAAAAAUGACAUUUUUCCCUCAGCAAUGACAUCAUCUCUCUCCUCGGUGUUGUUGCAAUUUGUGUAAGCGGGUAAAAAUGUGCAGCUCCUCCCUAAUGAUCUGGACGCACACACCAGGAGGCCUGUCUACACCCUGGGAUUUCAACCUCUUUUUGUUUAGAGUAGUUUGCUUUCUUCAGAGAAAGAAAGUUGAUGGUAGGAACAACAAACUCAUGAGUAUUUUAUAUACAACUAUGUUUUCCAGUUUAUAAAAUAGUUUAUAAAAAAGUUUUUCACUUCGUUUGGUUGUAUGCACUCCCCAGGCUUUGACAGGCAGCAGUCCUUCCUUUUCUGACUGAAGAGUGGGGCCUAAAGAAGGGGUUUGUGUUACCUUGGAAACCUCCAAGUAACCUAUGCCGCAUUGGUUAUAAUGCUCUGUUUUCAGUUCACAGUUGUAGACUUCAGCAUUCUUUUUUUUAAUACCAAUCUACAAUUUAAAAUGAUUUUGAAGUAAAUUUUAGUUUACUACACAGUGCAACAAACUGUCAUCAGCAAGAGGAGGGCUUGAGAGAACAAUAUGCUAGCAAAUAUUAACAGAAUUACACUGUCAUUGCAAUCAGAUUUUCUUUAUAGCCUUCUACCUUUGUACUGUAACAACCAUAAAAAAAACCUGUACUGUAUUAAUUUCAUUUGUAUUUUUUUUUUUUUUUUUACACAAAUUUAAACUCACCAGCUCUUUUUGGGUUCUCUGGUUAUUUAAAUCACUACGAUUUGAUACAUCUUUUAUUUAAUUCAAGUUUUCUUCUCUUCUGAAAAGCUUUGUUCUAAGUAUUCAAGGUUUCUAACAGUAUUGAGUGGUUGUUUUCUCAAGAUUCUUGGAAUUCCUGCUUGUAGAUUUCUUAUUUAUUUUUGUUCCUUCAAUUUAGUGAAUUCUCUAACAAUGUGAUUUUUUUUUUUUAUCCUUACAUUGUGAAUUGUAUUUCCAAAGCUGAAUCUAUAUACAGAACCAGUGGUUCUGUGCACUUAACUUUAUUGAUAUGUGAUAUAUAGACAGAUUAAACUUGUGCGCACAGGUUAAAACAGGUUGAAACCUAUAUACUUUGUAAUAAUUUUCUGUUUGGCCAAAUACCUUUAUUUUGUAAGCAAAAGGACUAAUUUCAUCUUUACAUGAAAAAGUGUCAUACUGUAUAGUGUGUACUUUAUAGACUUCAGAGACCUUAAUGUUAGAAAUAGAUACAUAACUAAAAGCUAUUAAUUCUAUUCCUAGUAUUACUAUUUCUAACCCUUAUAAAUGUAUGUUUACCAAAAAUUGUGACCUGAAAACUUCACAUAGCCUAAAUGGUACAAAAGUACAUGUGGAAUAUGUCUUCUCAUAUAUCAUUUUGCUUGAUUUCAUCAACUUUUGUGAGUUUAUGCCAACAUGUACAGCUCAAAUAAGCAACCGUAUCUAUCAGUGUGACUUGAUUAUUUUGGAUGAUGUUGUAUCACUGAAUCAAAAUUAAAACAGUCAAGCUUGCAAUAAAUUAAGCUUUGAUCCUGUAACUGUAUAAUCAAGCAAUACAAAUACAAUAUGAAAUGUCAGCCCACUUAACAAGCAACUAAAGUAGGUAAUUUUAAACAGAAAUAGGUAGAUGCAUUGCUCAAAUUCUACAUGCCUUAACAAGUUUACUUAAUGAGCAUUUCUGACAUACAUCACUUUUACCCACCAUCUCAUUGCCUGUAUUUUAUCACUCCCAAACACCAAAAAACAGAGAAAAGUUCAAGACAUAGUCCCCACUUGGAGGGGGAGCAGUCAGCUUCACUCCCUUUUUCUUUUUUAUUUGUAAACAUUCUGACUUUAAAUAGUUUUAGUUAUAGUCAUUCUCAGAGUUUUGCAGGAUUUUCGAUUAUGGUUUUCUCUUUUUUUUUUUUUUCCUACUUAAAAGGUCACAGCAAUUACUGUGAUCAACCAUGUUAACUAUAAUCCAUACACUCUUUAAUAUUGAAAAAAAUGUAGACUUGGACAAAUUUUUUUACUUACUUGGAUGUUUGUCAUUUUAAUUUCAAUCAAGUUUGUAAAUUUUUGCAUUAUUUACUGGAAGUAUUUCAUAAACACACCAUUUACAGUACAUAUUUCUGACAAAGUCUUCUGCUGCCUGUUUACGAUAAAAAAAUUAAAAAAAUAAAUAAAAAGACUAAGGGGUUAGGAAUAUUAUAGUGUUGCUGCCUUAUCAAAAAAAGAUAAUCAUAAACACUGUGGCUACCCAUCUUAACCCAGUAAUGUGGCUCCUUAACACCUGUUCAGAUCUGUAUCAGAGGACAUUUUUACUUUUAUGUUAGUUUUUAUUUGGGCUUUAUUUUGUCUUAUUUUGUACUGGAUGUUAACAACUCCUGCUUUGCUGCUGCUAUAUACAGUACAAUUGGCAGCCUAAGAAAUAGAGACAGACAAAUAAAUGCUGUUUUUUGA